UUACGUGUCAGUGCAGCCAACUGCAGCAGCGGUGUCAUUUAAAGGACUUUAUCUUUAUGAUUCUAAUUUUCUUUUAAUUAAUGUUUCAAGACAACUUCAAGAUGGUCAUGCUCUUCCAAAACAGUUCUCAGCAGAACACCACCUUGCCAACUGAGAACUGGACAGCUGUCUAUUCAGCAGUGCGGUGGAUUCAAAUGAUAAUGGCUAUUCUGAGUAUUUUAGGCUCAGGCUCCAUAAUCUUCUACGCCGUUUUCCAAAGACUUGUAAGAACAUCUGAGGUGCAGCCUCUCUUCCUGCUGAGUUUAACAGACAUGCUGUUGGCUGCUAGCUGGCUGUGCGGUGCUCUUCUCUUCAGCACAUCCUGUGACUCCUAUGCCACCUGCUACAACCUCCACACAGUGGAGCAGACCCUCUACAUGGCUUCAUUUUUCUAUACACUCAACUAUGUGUGGGUGCUCUACACUGGCCUGAAGGAAAAGUAUCGUCGGAGACUGAAUGGUUUCCCAGCCCAGCAUCCAGCUCAAGCUAAGCCAUGCAGACGGUUGGCAGCAGUUGUGUCAUGUGUUUUGCCACUGCUGCUUACAAUGCCAGUCUUCAUAACAGGAAAUGUGGACCAGUGCUAUGUAAACUUCACCCAGCCCUACAAAUGUCUGCUGUUGUACACUGGUGCUCUCUUCCUGAGCUCGUCAGUGAGUGAGGUGCUCCCAGUCUGCAAGAUCAUGAGUGACUAUACCAUUACCAUCUUCCUCAUCACCUUUGUCAUCACCCUUAUUGGAAUUGUGGUGCUCAUGUUCAAAGCGCGCUCCUUGUACAAGCGCUGUGUUACUUCUCAGGGUUUCUUCGGAGACAGUCAGUGGACCACACUGCGUGUCCUGGAACGACGUAUGGUCCUUUACCCCACAGCUUUCUUUUUUUGUUGGGGACCAGCAAUUUUCCUGGCUGCCAUGAUGUUAUUCAAACCCGAGGAAGUGAAGGGAUGGGUGGGAGUCGUCCUGUAUAUCCUACAGGCCUUCACCUCUGCUUCUCAGGGUUUAUUGAACUGUUUGGUGUACGGUUGGACGCAGCAGCAUUUCCGCUCUCUGAGCAUGCGGGACGCUGACACGCAGACGCCCCUGCUACGCUCACAGAAACGCAGCUAUGCCGCCCUUCACUCAUCCAGCUCACAACUCCAAAAUAUCUGAGGGACAUGAACUAUGAGGACACUUCCAGCACCUCACCCUAAGCUCCAAGCAGCCUUAUGACUUUUAGACUUGAGCUCUAUGGGCAAAGCCCUUUUUAAGAGGUGACUUCUGAGGUCACACAAGGGUCAGUAUACCUGUUACCAUGGCAGCAACACCAGGUGGCCAGUCAAGGCAGUUAAAAGCAAGGACAAACAGCCUUAUCUGAGAGUUCUGAAACAGCGACAUGAAACAAGGAAGGUUUCCAGCACUGGUUUUGUUAUGAGUUCUGCUGCCGCACCUGCUGCCUGAAGCUAAAGCGAGGGAGGGAAUUCCUCUCUGGUGACUGGGGCCAUAUUUAUAAGCUGCACAAUACACUUCGACAUCAAAUAUGCUUAGAGACUGAUAAGUGAGAUAUCUCACUGUGUUACUAUUACUCUGUAUAAUUCAUGAAAGAGAGGAAAGUAACUCGUCUGCCAAGGUGAAGUACGUCAUGGGGACUGUAGGGCUUCACGUCAGACUGAAAUACAGGAAUCUACAGGAAAGUGUCUCUUUAUAUAGUCUAGAAACAAACACCACAAAUUCCACCAGCUUGUGUGAAGUCUGUUUACUGUGUUAGUGUUUUUGAUGAUAUUAGCAAUAAAUUAUGACUUGUUACUGCUGUGUAAGCAGAAAUCUAACUAACCUAAAAUGCAAAUAAUGUAAAAUACAAAAUUACAAAAGCACCAUUCACUAUUAGGUCAGUUACAAUUUGCUGAACAGUUAUUUUUAUAUAUAAAUUGGCUAAUCAGUGCUUCAUUAGGUUGAAUCAGUACUGAUGAUGGAAUUUCACAUGGUUGGGGGUAUUGAAGAACCAAACCGUUACACUCACAAGAUACAAUCUACUUUUGUGAGAACAAGAAAUUCUUGUUACUUUGUGCUGCAUUAAUGUUUGUGUGCAACAUAUAGACAUAUUUGUGUGAAAUAUAUCAUGCCAAACAUUGUGAGGCAUGAUAUAUUUCUUCUAUAGGCCUACAAAACAAUGAAACAUUCCCAAUCAAAUAACAUCACUUAUUCACUGUAAUUUGUCAUUGCUGCCCAUAAUGGUGUUUUGUUGAUGAUAAAUAUGCGAUUUAUCAUGCAGCCCUAGUUUUUACUUAUUUAUUUUUUAGGGACAGCGUCUAUUAAACAUGAUCAAUGGAAUCAACAGGGGCUAAUCUUAAUCUAUUGUCUGUACAAUAGCUAUUUCUUGCCCCCUAAAAUUGUGGAAUUUUAACUCAUUUUAAGGAAAUUGUUAUUGAAUGUAAGUGUAAUUAAUUUGAAUUUAAUUUAAAUAAUUUAGAACACAAAAAUUCACAUUAACAUUAGAUCCAUAUGAAUUUUUUUAUGGUGCAAGUCAUUUUAUUCCACUGAUUACACAAUGAGAUUUAUUCCAGUAGCACAAAUAUCAUCUCAGGCCUGCUCAGUGCAUUUUGCUCUGUGCUCAUUUACGUUUGUCAUGAGUGGAGAAAGCGUGUAUGCGGUGUGUGAUAAAGGGAAAGACCGAGGGGGAUUACGAGGAGAGGAAGGGCUGCAGUGAAAGAGGAUCUGAGAGAACAACACUGCUGUUAAUUCCAUCCAGAAAGAGGAAAAAAAAUGCCCUUUCAGAGUGUCAGUCCUACACUUGCAUACAAACAGAAACAGUGUGGAUUAUGGCUCUUUGCGAGUUCAGAGACAUUGAGACGUUGUUGACUCAAUGUUACAAAAUCAAAAAACCACAACUAAGUUAAUCUGUCUUAGAUUUAACUGUAUAGACCUGAGACUCACACAAUGCAGUUGUUCAUUUUCUGUCGUACCCUUUUGAUUAAUAUUCUGCAAAGAAGCUGUAUAUGAGUUUUUCAGCAAGAUCAGAAAUAUAUUAGUAUUAUAAUACUGUCCAGAUCUGUUUCUAGUCUUUGUGUUUUUCUUGUUUGGUAUGCAUGGACUUGAGACUUCACUUGCAAUUUGUUCUGUUUGGCUUACGUACAUGUCUGUUGUAGCAGGACCAACAAAUGAACCAUUAACCGAAAAUGUCAAAGUUUUCACUUUUAUUCACUUUUGUUAACACACUGUAAAAUCCAGCUUUGUUCUGUUUGUGUGUAAAAUAUAUGCUGUAUCACAAAUAUAAAGUAAACUGGUUGUCUUAAAGAGGAAUUCCACCAAAUGUUUCAGACGUUCUGAAAAAUCUAACCAUUAACAUGUAAACAAAAAUAUUCAGAGUGGUUUGACGUGAAAUGUGCCAUUCUAGAGAAACCUAGAGUCAGAAUUGUUCACAGUGUGGGUGAUGGGAA